CUCUCUCCUUCCUCCUCUCGCCUGCUCCACCACCACCACCACCACAGUUUUCCCGCUCCGCCUCCACAUCCGAUCUCCGCACCAGCCGGCGACCGGGGCCCACCGACCAGCCUCGGCGCCGCGAUACAGAGAGAGGGGCCUACCAGCCGCCCUCCACGACGUCGCCAUUCGAUACCCCUCCGGCCUCUUUCCUCCGCUUUCGCGGCCGCCUCCCGAUCUGCGAACUAGCGAAGCCCGCUGACAAGCGGGCCCGUCCCGCCGCCCCCGAACCGCGGCGCCGCCGCCGCGCCAACCCCACGCGGCCGUAGGUGAAGUGGUGAGCUACCCCGGCUUCUUUGCCGCCGCCGAAUCCUGCUCUUGCGAGUCCCCGGGAGCUUCCAAACCCUAGGGUUGGAGAGGGCUUGCCGGCCGCUAGGAUCAGGGGAGGUAUGCGCGGAUCGGGGCGGGCGGGGCGGCGCGGAUGUUCCACCGCAUGAGGUGCCUCGUCGGCGGCGGCGUCCAGGACAGCCCGCGCGCAGCGGCCAAGAGGGUCUCGCCGGCGUCGUGGCGGGCGGACAACGCCGCCGCAGCUGCAGCCGCGGGAGCAGGGGACAAGGGGGUGAUCUGCAUCCGGCCGCCGGACGUGAUGGAGACGGUGCACGAGGUGGCCAUUUACAUCCACCGCUUCCACAACCUCGAUCUGUUCCAGCAAGGAUGGUAUCAGAUGAAAAUCAGUGCAAUGUGGGAGGACGAUGGCAGCAAAACACCGGCUUCACCUGCCAGGGUCGUGCAAUAUGAAGCUCCUGAUGUUGGUGCGGACGAUGCGUUAGGGAUUUGGAAAAUUGAUGAUGUCGAUAAUAGCUUCUUCACACAACCAUUUCGAAUCAAGUAUGCUAGACAAGAUAUUUAUCUAUCGGUUAUGGUGUCUUUCAACAUAUUCAACAGUGAAGAGGAGGGCCCAGCAGCUUCCGCUGUGAUGUUGAAGUUUGAGCUGAUAUAUGCCCCAACGCUGGACAAUGGGUCUGAUCUUCAAGCUUCUAGUGUCACAUCUUCAGCAGCUGUGCAUGAAUUUAGGAUCCCACGCAGAGCACUCCUGGGUCUACACUCAUAUUGCCCAGUUCACUUCGACGCGUUCCACUCUGUGCUUGUUGAUCUGACAUUACAUAUAGUGUACCUGAAAGCUGGUGCAACUAAAUUAUCAUUGAAGAUACCAGACCAAGGUUUAGGUCCAACAUCAUAUCACAUUGUAAAGGCAUUAUUAACUUCUAGGAAAAUGUUGCUUGAAGAACUGAAGAAAAUCAGUGAUGCUAUUGGUAAGACAAUUGAAGAUUUAGAUGGUGCUGACUUGAGUCUUGGUAAAUAUGAGUCAGUUAAUCCGUCAAAAUCAGGACUACCUAAUUCUAGUAAAGUGUUCCCUGCAACUGGCAAGGGUGUCCGACACUUGGCUGGAAUUUUGCAUGAUUUCUUGGAGAGACCCAACGAUGUGGUUAAUGGCACAGGCGAUUCUAUGCUGUAUACUCUUCCCAAGGAAGAGCUGUUAGAACUGUUUCUAACUGUGAGCGGCCAACUUUCACUUCUAUGGAAUGCAUUCUUGAAAUUUCAUAGGAUAAAUAAAACAAAGAUAGUGGAUUACUUGCGCGAUAUUUGGGCUAUUGACCGGAAAGCAGAAUGGUCAAUAUGGACUGUGCACUCAAAAAUCGAGAUCCCACAUCGCUAUUUGCGGAGUAUGAGUGAUGAAUCAUCUCACCGUCAUUCCCUUAGAGUUUCUGGUUCAAGGAAGUUCCAUGACGAUCCUGUACAGAAUUCCACUUCACGGGCUGAACUACACAGGAAAGGCAUAGCACAAAUGAAGAUCAACACACAGUCUGUUCAAGAUAUGCAUAUAUACACUGAUCCUUCACGUGUUCCUGUUGUUCUUAUAGAACAACAUGUCAUGGUUGUUCCGCAACAUGGUUCCAGCAAGGAUCUGGCUUCAAAUGCUUCCGAACAAAAGGAUACUAUUGUGCUACCUAAAGUACAAGGAGAAUCUUUGGCACUAAAAGGUAGCGCUGGUAAAAAAGGUGGACGCAUCUUGCGAGCUGUAAUAUUUGUGCAUGGUUUUCAGGGCCACCAUUUGGAUUUACGUCUUGUUAGAAAUCAGUGGCUUCUAUUGGAUCCUGGAGCUGAUUGUCUAAUGUCUGAGGCUAAUGAAGAUAAGACCUCUGGAGACUUCAAAGAAAUGGGUAGCAGGCUUGCUGGGGAAGUAGUUGCCUUCCUGAAAAAGAAAGUGGAUAAGCUUUCAAGAUAUGGAGGAUGCAAAGAGUUGAAGUUAAGUUUCGUCGGUCAUUCCAUUGGGAACAUUAUCAUUAGAAGUGCACUGGCAGAACCUGCAUUACAACCAUACUUGAAGAACCUCUACACGUACAUAUCGAUAUCAGGGCCUCACUUGGGUUACUGGUACAGCUCAAAUUCUUUGUUCAAUUCUGGCCUCUGGCUGCUUAAAAAGCUCAAGGGAGCACAAUGCAUCCAUCAACUCACUUUUAGUGAUGAUCAAGACCCCCAGAAUACGUAUUUUUAUAAGCUUUGCAAGUUCAAGACACUGGAGAACUUCAGAAAUAUCAUAUUAUUAUCAUCACCACAGGAUGGUUAUGUACCAUAUCAUUCAGCGAGAAUUGAGCUCUGCCCAGCUGCAUCAUCUGACACCUCGAAGAAGGGUCAAAUCUUCACAGAAAUGCUCAACAACUGCUUAGAUCAGAUUCGUGCACCCUCAUCUGAAACCCGGAUAUUCAUGCGUUGCGAUGUGAACUUUGACCAGUCCAACCAGGGCCGAAGCUUAAACACCAUGAUUGGCAGAGCAGCCCACAUUGAGUUCCUGGAGACUGACAUUUACGCCAAGUUUAUCAUGUGGUCCUUCCCUGAACUGUUUCGAUGACAACGCUGAUCUUCUUUGGGAUAUCGUCACAUACCAAACCAACAGUGCACACUACUGAGUACUGACCAAGCAAGGAAAAUUAAGCUUGCAUAAAAGGUUCUGCCAGAAUUCAACACCGAGAUGGGUAGCGCUGUAAAGAUCCUAGCAGCGAUUAUUUUCCAGCUUGUUAGAUUCGAUUGUAUAAAUAGUUGAUUUGUUCAUUUGGGUUUAUAUGCUGUAGAUGUCCACCUUGCUGUGAAUUCAUAAUCCCUGUUGUCUGGUGUAUUUAACACUACAGUUUAGGAGGGUUUAACUGUCAAUCAGCUUAUGUCCGAAUAAGCGUUUUUUUAUUUGCCUUUUAAUCUGCAUUCUGUGCUGGAACCUGCUUAGUUGCAGACAAAUAGCCUGUCAGAUAAAACUGGAUGGUCCAGGGUGCUGUUUCUGUUUGGUGAAAUUAUUUGUUCUGGCAUCUUGCCAUUACUGGA